UCCUCUUGCUCACGGUAUCACCGUCUGUGUCUCUCCACUCUCUCAGGACCUUCCCCUACUCCCUGGAGGACUUUCACUGUUUCAGUGGCACGUGUGUGAUUUCAACCUUAAGUCAAGGUCAAAUCCCUCAUUCCUUGACAAACCCUAUGGCUGCUUUGAGCUCCCCAUUUAUACAUUCAUCUCUGUCGCCUACCAUUUUCCCACCCUCUCAGUAGGUACUGUGUCUGUGAUAGAUCUUUGCCUACAACUCUCUCUCUGCGUCGGCGAUCUCUUCGGUUUUUGGCAGUACACAACAUAAAUCUCUAGUCCAUUCUACAACCUAUUUUCAGCAAAGCUGAGCCUUUUGGUUUACUCCCCUAUUUGUCUCUACUACUGGGGGUGGGAGUGCCUUUUAAUCAGGUUGCACAGGUCACCAUACUGAAUCUCAAACAUGGCAGAUGGAUUGCAGCAUCCGUCAAUUUUUCAAAAGAUACAUGGGAAGUCUUACCUCAUUUCUAGGUUCUCCCCUAACAUGCACUCUCGGACUUAUGGUGCUUGUGAUGUGUAUGUCAAUGGGGGUUGGCAGAGUUCUCUGCAGCUGGUUUGCAGGGGCACUGGCUUGGCACAUUUCUCAUCCAUGUCUCCUGUGUUUGUACCAGCCCCAAAAGAGGAAGGAGCAAAAGGUUUUCUUAUAGAUUUUCUCAUGGGAGGAGUUUCUGCUGCUGUUUCCAAAACAGCAGCUGCUCCUAUUGAACGUGUUAAACUACUAAUUCAGAAUCAGGAUGAGAUGAUCAAGACUGGUCGAUUAAGCGAACCAUAUAAGGGAAUUAUGGACUGCUUUGGCCGAACUGUUAGGGAAGAAGGUGUCCUUUCACUUUGGAGAGGAAACACUGCAAAUGUUAUCAGAUACUUCCCCACUCAGGCCUUGAACUUUGCUUUCAAGGACUACUUCAAGAAGCUCUUCAACUUCAAGAAAGACAAAGACGGAUACUGGAAGUGGUUUGCUGGUAACUUGGCAUCAGGAGGUGCUGCUGGUGCUUCCUCUCUUUUAUUCGUCUAUUCCCUGGACUAUGCCCGAACACGUCUGGCUAAUGACGCAAAGUCUGUGAAGAAGGGUGGUGGUGAGAGGCAGUUUAAUGGUUUGAUUGAUGUUUACAAGAAAACCCUUGCAUCUGAUGGCCUUGCUGGGCUUUAUCGCGGAUUUACAAUCUCAUGCGUUGGAAUUAUAGUUUACCGUGGGCUCUAUUUUGGACUCUAUGACUCUCUGAAACCCGUGGUUCUUGUUGGUGGAUUACAGGAUAGUUUCCUUGCUAGUUUCUUGUUGGGAUGGGGAAUCACCAUAAAUGCUGGAUUGGCUUCUUACCCCAUUGAUACCGUUCGUAGAAGGAUGAUGAUGACCUCUGGAGAAGCUGUCAAGUAUAAGAGCUCUUUGGAUGCAUUUAGGCAAAUAGUCAAGAAAGAGGGUUCUAAAUCACUCUUCAAGGGUGCUGGUGCAAACAUUUUGCGUGCUGUUGCAGGUGCUGGUGUUCUUGCUGGUUAUGACAAGUUGCAGUUAAUUGUAUUUGGCAAGAAAUAUGGAUCUGGUGGUGGUGGUUAAUAUGGGGACGAUUUAUGGCGAUGAUGACGAAGAAUGCCGAUUAUGAUUGUGUUUGUUUCUCUUCAAGUGUUGAAUAAUAUUGGAAGGUCGAUAGGACCCAGUAUUUUGGUGGAUAUUACAAAUUGUAUAUAUGAAGACAUGCUAGAAUUUUUCGUUGUUUGGUUUAUACGCUUGAGCUCGAAGGUGGUAACUUUCUGUCUUUCUUUUGGUGAGGAUAAUGGCCAGAACGAUGCUCGGUUGGCAUUAUACCGGAUGUUUGUUAGAUAAUGUUGUAACAGACGGUCUUUUUCUUC